AAGAGACGUUGCAGUUGUGCGAGCCAUCAGUUCCUUGGCCCAUUAACUGCUUGUGUGCGUGUAUAACAAAGACAAUUCUCUUCAUCAAAAACCUUUUCAUGAACGCUUUUCUAUUUGCUCUUCCAUGUUUUUGAUGAUGAGAGGUUGCGUACGACUCUCGAAUUUAACGACAUCUCUUAGAAAAGGGAAAUUGGGAUCAGGGUUUUGGGGAAGGAGGUGGAUUUCGAUGGAAGAGCAUCCGAGAAGAAAGAGAUUCGCAGCCUUGUGGGGCAAUGGUGAUUAUGGGAGGUUGGGUCUUGGAAGCGUGGAGUCCCAAUGGCGUCCUGCGUUUUGCUCUGCGUUCGAUGACCAAACCCUUCGCGACAUUGCUUGUGGUGGAGCUCACACCCUCUUCUUAACAGAAACUGGCUGUGUUUAUGCCACUGGUCUCAAUGAUUUUGGACAGCUAGGCGUAUCAGUCGAUAAAAGUUACACAACUGAGCCACUUGAAGUUUCUGGACUUCCCAAAGAAAUUAUAAAAAUUUCAGCUGGUUAUCAUCACUCAUCGGCUAUUACAGUGGACGGGGAACUCUAUAUGUGGGGGAAGAACUCGAGUGGGCAGCUUGGCCUUGGAAAAAGAGCAGCAAAAGUAGUUCCUACGCCAAGUAAAGUUGAAUGCUUGGAUGGGGUCACCAUCAAAACAGUUGCUUUGGGUUGUGAACACUCUAUUGCUGUUACAGAAAGAGGUGAGGCCUUAAGUUGGGGUGGAGGAGGGUCAGGAAGACUUGGUCAUGAACUUGAAUCAAGCCUUUUGGGGAUUUUAAGAACUACCAGUGAAUACACACCAAGGCUUAUUAAGAAACUUGAGGGAGUCAAGGUCAAAAGUGUUGCUGCUGGCAUGCUGCAUUCUGCAUGCAUUGAUGGAAAUGGUUCUCUAUUUAUAUUUGGGGAAAGAGCGGUGGAGAAAUUGGGCUUUGGGGAAGCAAACAAUGUGACAACACCAUCUAUGAUAAGCAAACUGCCAUUUUCCGAAGAAGUUGCUUGUGGUGGUUAUCACUCAUGUGUUAUUACAAGUGGUGGAGAACUGUACACAUGGGGCUCAAAUGAGAAUGGCUGUCUUGGUAUCGGCUGUACAUAUGUUACUCAUUUUCCUGAAAGAGUUGAAGGUCCAUUCUUGAAACAUCCUGUUUGCAAGGUAUCUUGUGGUUGGAAGCAUACAUCAGCAAUUUCUGAAGGCAAUAUUUACACAUGGGGCUGGGGAGGCUCGCAUGGAACUUUUUCCGAAGAUGGACAUUCUUCUGGAGGACAAUUGGGUCAGGGAAAUGAUGUCGACUACAAUGAACCAACGAUGGUUAACUUUGGCAAGAAUGUGAAGGCAUUGCAAAUAUCAUGUGGAUUUAAUCACACAGGUGCUGUACUUGAAUACAUUUGAACGAAGACCAUAGCUUUAGCUUCUCCUUGUUCAUUCUUUCACAGUCAAAGAGGCAUGAAAUCGGCAACCAUACAUGUCAUAAUUGAUCGGAAACCUCUAUGAUGAGGUGGUAUACAAAGUGAGGUAGAUAAUGUUGUAAAUCUUUACUAUAAAUAACGGUGUGCACAUGUAUACAGAAUAAAAUUCAUAAUCGAAAGGAACCUGUGACACGGCUGCAGAUGUAUUGGACUCAAAUUGUACUCGUGUAAAAUUUGUAAAAGCUACAAGAACCUGUUUGUAAUUCUAGAGAAAAACCCAUUGGUCUUAUUAGUAGCAAUAUAUGUUUCCUUACUAAUCCUUUGAUCUAUUUGCUGAACAAAUACUUGGCUCUGGUUGUUUUUCGUAAUACUCGGAAACUGGAGAUAUGAAAUGUGUAUCAUGUUUAAUUCGAAGUUAA